UCCUGGCGGGGGGAGGACAGGGUUGCGGCGGGCGGAACGGUGUCUCCUUCACUUCGCCCUCCAGCCGCGGCAGCUGCAGCCCGACGCCUAGCGAGCCGAGCGGCCUCAGCUGCUAGCGGAGCGGCAGCGGCGCCUUCCCUUCCCCCCCGGAGACCACCAGAUCACCUCUCCCCUCGGCCUCGCCAUGGCGACCUACGGACAGAACUGCGCGCGGCCAAUGUGUAUUCCUCCAUCAUAUGCUGACCUUGGCAAAGCUGCCAGAGAUAUUUUCAACAAAGGAUUUGGUUUUGGGUUGGUGAAACUGGAUGUGAAAACAAAGUCCUGCAGCGGCGUGGAAUUCUCAACAUCUGGUUCAUCUAAUACAGACACUGGUAAAGUUACUGGGACCUUGGAGACCAAAUAUAAAUGGUGUGAGUAUGGUCUGACUUUCACAGAAAAGUGGAACACUGAUAACACUCUGGGAACAGAAAUCGCUAUUGAAGACCAGAUUUGCCAAGGUUUGAAACUGACAUUUGAUACCACCUUUUCACCAAACACAGGAAAGAAAAGUGGUAAAAUCAAGUCUUCUUACAAGAGGGAAUGUAUAAACCUUGGUUGUGAUGUUGACUUUGAUUUUGCUGGACCUGCAAUCCACGGUUCGGCUGUCUUCGGUUAUGAGGGCUGGCUUGCAGGGUACCAGAUGACCUUUGACAGUGCCAAAUCAAAGCUGACAAGGAAUAACUUUGCAGUGGGCUACAGGACUGGGGACUUCCAGCUACACACUAAUGUCAAUGAUGGUACAGAAUUUGGAGGAUCAAUUUAUCAGAAAGUAUGUGAAGAUCUUGACACUUCAGUAAACCUUGCUUGGACAUCAGGAACCAACUGCACUCGCUUUGGAAUUGCAGCUAAAUAUCAAUUGGAUCCCACUGCUUCCAUUUCUGCAAAAGUCAACAACUCUAGUUUAAUUGGAGUGGGCUAUACUCAGACUCUGAGGCCUGGUGUGAAGCUUACACUGUCUGCCCUGGUAGAUGGGAAGAGCAUUAAUGCUGGAGGCCACAAACUUGGGCUUGCCCUGGAAUUGGAGGCUUAAUUCAGCUGAAAGAAACCUCUGGAAAAGGGUAUCAGAAGAUUUGGCCUUAAUAUAUUUCCAGUGUGACCAGCAGGCUUCCCCCCGCCACCCCCCCUGAAGGUGAUCAAAACAAAGGAUGAU